ACCAUCGACAACGUUAAGAGCAAGAUUCAGGAUAAGGAGGGUAUCCCGCCGGACCAGCAGCGUCUCAUCUUCGCCGGCAAGCAGCUGGAAGAUGGUCGCACGCUUUCCGACUACAACAUCCAGAAGGAGAGCACCCUGCACCUGGUGCUCCGUCUCCGUGGCGGCAACUAA